CAUCCUCGCUCCAGCUCAGAAUCCGGGGAAGCGUUCAUCUCCAGGCUUCAGGCUCCAGUCUCUAACGCGCCCUGGUCUUCCUGGUACCGUGCUCUAUUACCCGACAUGACGUCUGGUUGAAGCCCCUGCCUCCACCAUGCAGACGACCACAGCAUCGACGUCGAAGCCUUCGAACCCCUGUAUGAUUUGCAAGCAGAGACACUUGAAAUGCGAUACCAACCGUCCUACAUGUACAAACUGUCGUAAGAGCGACUCGGAAUGUGUCCGCGGCUACAGCAUACGGUUUCGUCAUGGGCUGAAUCCAAGCAUUCAUUCAGGAAAGUCGUUGGAGACUGCUAAACGCGACUUUCAAUUCGCCCAAGAUCAGCCUUGGGUAAAGACUAAGCGGACGUUGAGUUUUAUUGAUGAGACCUCAGACAUCAUCAACAUCCACGACUCCGGUACAGGAACUAGCAACUUUGGUGCGCUGGGUGACCGUAACACACCACCUGCCAUUGAGGCGGGGAGCUUGAACUCGUCUCCACGGCAACCUUCCCCGCCGCUUCCACGUGAAAACUCACCUUCUGAGCCGGACAGAGGAGAUCUGGAAGCCUCUGGGCCAUUUGUGGCGGACAGUCGUCCCCACAAGAAACGUGCCCAUGCUCACUUCGCAGUUGGGUCUUGGAGCGACACCCCAAGAUCAGACCCCGGUCAGAGUCCCACCCCGAACCGCAGUUCCCAGAGUGCUCAAGAAGAAAGUGGCAUGUUUGGUAGUCACAAAGAUUCGCCACGUCUCAGCCACAACUUUCCGUUUGCUUUCCCGAGCGACUCCGCCACCUCCACGUUGGACAGUCCCCAUGCAGGUAACCACUCUCCACUUGGGGAUUGUGUUGCGGAAGCCAUAUCGGGAAUCUACCUCGAUUCACCAAGAUGGCCACUCGAAGACCCAAUCGACGCCAUGCUGUUUCAAAAUUUCGUCGACAAAUUGGCACCUCUUUUCGACCUCUGCGACAGCGACCGACACUUCGCUACAGUUGUCCCACGCCGAGCAGUCUUUUGCCCACCACUAAUGAAUGCGGUUCUUGCUGCUUCGGCUAAGCGCAUGAGCAGGACCGAUGGCUUCGAUGGCUUAGUAGGAGAUCGGUAUCAUCAAAAGUGUCUCGACGUCCUCAUCCCCGCCCUCUCGAGUUCCGCUGCUAUUAUGGACGAGAAUCUCUUGACCGCUAUCGUCAUCCUCCGCUACAUGGAGGAGCUGGAUGUGCCAAUCAUGUCCUCUAACACUCCUUCCGAGUCACAUCUCAUGGGUACACGAGUUUUUAUUGCAGCACAGGACAAGCUGAGCGGAUUUGCCAGCCUUCGUAGGGCUGCGUUCUGGGUAGCUCUAAGGCAGGAGAUUCACAUGGCUUUCAUUGAAACUCGCCCUGUUCACCCCAACUUCGACCUGGAAACCAUUUCUCGUCUUGUGGUCCCAGAUGAGAAUGGCUGCAGUUUCUCAAAUCUAACGAUUCUCCACUGCGCUGCCUGCCUACGCUAUUGCUACGGCACCGAUGAACAUAGCACCGACACCUGGGAGAGAUUGCGAAAGUCUCAAGAUCGUUUGUGGGCUGAAAGGCCAUGGUACUUUUAUCCUAUGUACUUCAAUGAGCAUGGCAAUGGAAUAUUUCCAGAGGUUGUCCAUCUCAAUGAUGCCGUCGUUAUUGGCGUGCUACACUACUACCUUAUCCAGGUCCUCCUUGCAGCACAUAACCCCAAAACCCCGAGGUUGGGCCCAGGCCAGGCAAAAGCUUUUAAAGAUACAAAUGAGGAAAUUAAGAAAAAUGUUCGCAUGGUUUGUGGAGUCGCGGAGUCAAACCCACACACCGUUACUUCUUAUGCAUACGUAUGCCUCGCAAUCACCAUGGCUGGCGAUCGUUUCAUGGAACCGCAAGACCAAGAGGCGCUGUAUAAUCUCCUCGUAAAAAUUGAUACACAAUACGCCUGUCCUACUGGCUCUACUCAAGAGUAUUUAAGGGGAGCUUGGGGAUGGUCGGAAUCGCCGAAUCCGUCCAUGUCCAUCUCGCGCAUGCUGAACAGCAACACGCAAGCGGUUCAAUAGUAUAUUUCUCAAAUCACAAAGUAUAUUCAUCUUGCCAUAUGUGUUGAGAAGCUUUUUUGGAUUUUUGGGUGGCACGAGGGCGCAAAGGAAUGCUUUUAAGGGCGAGUAGGUAUACAAGGUAGAUUAGGCGGUGAUGAAUGUAGGUCAAUCUCAGAUCUGUUUUACGGGCGUGACAGUCUUAUCUAAUAAAGACACACCUAAACCUGAGAAUAAGUUAACUCUGUUCAAGAUAAUACGAG